ACAAAAACAACAGUCCAACACCACCAACAAGAAUACUAGAGUAGUACAGUAAAUUUGAUUAAAAGUCAAACCCCCCAAAAUAUCAAUCGGAGUGGAGUGGAGUGGAGGUAGAAGUGAUGAUGAUAUCAGUAGAAGAAGCUCUGAAAUUAGUAUUGGAUGCAUCAUCAAAGCAGCGGGGGCAGCCGGUGAGUGUGUCCAUAGAACACGGAGAUGCAUUUGGAAAGAUUUUGGCUCAAGACGUUCGUGCUCCUGAUCCUCUUCCUCCAUAUCCUGCUUCCAUCAAGGACGGAUAUGCUGUAAUAGCUGCAGAUGGUCCUGGUGAGUAUCCGGUUAUUAUGGAAUCAAGAGCAGGCAACGAUGGUCUUCACGUCACUCUCACUCCUGGAACCGUUGCCUAUGUUACUACUGGAGGCCCAAUACCUGACGGAGCUGAUGCAGUUGUGCAAGUAGAAGAUACCCAACUAGUUGAUACCCCUUCAUCUGAUACAAAACGUGUACGCAUCUUGGUUAAAACCAACACCGGAGUUGAUAUUCGUCCUGUGGGGUGUGACAUAAGCAAAGAUGCCAUAGUUUUGAAAGCUGGAGAACUACUGGGUGCUGCAGAAAUUGGGUUACUUGCUACAGUCGGUGUUUUGACAGUGAAGGUAUAUCCUACUCCAACUAUUGCUGUGCUUUCCACGGGAGAUGAGUUGGUAGAGCCUACAUGCAAGUCUUUAAAUCGUGGUCAGAUUCGGGACUCCAACCGGGCAAUGAUUGUUGCUGCUGCAAAACAGCAAAGAUGUAAAGUUAUUGAUCUUGGUAUUGCUCGUGAUGACGAGGAUGAAAUCAAGACGGUUCUGGAUAAAGCACUAUCAGCUGACAUUGAUAUUCUUCUUACUUCUGGUGGUGUUUCUAUGGGAGACCGGGAUUUUGUAAAACCUUUUCUUCAAAAUAAAGGCAGAGUGUAUUUUGAUAAGAUUGCUAUGAAGCCCGGAAAACCUCUUACAUUUGCAGAAAUCGCAACUCAGUCAUCAGACAAACAGAAAAGAAUUCUUGCGUUUGGUUUACCUGGUAAUCCAGUUAGCUGUUUGGUCUGCUUCAACGUCUUUGUCAUUCCAUCAAUUCGUAAUCUUGCUGGAUGGACAAAUCCACAUCUUCCAAGAGUACAUGCUUACCUUAAACAGUCGAUUAAGACAGAUCCAGCUCGGACAGAGUUUCAUCGGGCCAUUACUAGAUGGGAGAACAAUGCUGGAUUGGGAUAUCCAGGAUUUACGGCCGAGAGUACUGGUCAUCAAUUGAGUAGUCGUUUGCUAAGUAUGAAGUCAGCAAAUGCAUUGUUAGAAUUACCAACAUCAGGAAAAGUACUUCCUUCUGGAACUCGGGUAUCAGCUAUCUUAAUUUCUGAUAUAAGUGGGUUGGCUGUGGGGGAUGAUAUGUUACCAUUAAAUCUAGACAAUGUUACACAAAGUACCAUGGCAAUGAAAAUAAGUACCGAUACACCCACAUAUAAAGUUGCUAUUCUUACAGUGAGUGAUACUGUUGCAUCAGGGGCAGGACCUGAUCGAAGUGGUCCUAGAGCAGUUGCUGUUGUGAACUCUGCUUCUGAAAAAUUGGGAGGAGCAAUGGUAGCUGCCACAGCUGUGGUUUCAGACGAUAUUCCCAAUAUCAAAGAGAUCUUGCAGAGAUGGAGUGAUCUAGAAAAAAUGGAUUUGAUAUUAACACUUGGCGGUACUGGCUUCACGCCUAGGGAUGUUACACCCGAAGCAACAAAAGGCGUAAUAGAAAAGGAAACCCCUGGACUUCUACAUGUCAUGAUGCAAGAGAGCCUUAAGGUUACACAGUUUGCAAUGCUUUCACGUGCUGCAGCGGGUAUACGUGGAUCGACGCUGAUCAUUAACAUGCCGGGGAAUCCAAAUGCGGUUGGUGAGUGUAUGGAGGCAUUACUUCCGGCAUUAAAGCAUGCUUUGAAGCAAAUUAAGGGGGAUAAACGUGAGAAGCAUCCACGACAUAUUCCUCAUGCACAAGCAGAUCCAAAAGAUGUAUGGGAACAAAGUUAUCAGGCUGCUAGUAAUGAUGGCAAACAACCACCUGCUGCUUUGCAUAGUUGUGAUUGCAAGUAACUGUUUUUUGCAUAUGAUGUGGAUUCUUUAAACUUAAAAGUUAAGAGUUACAUGUUGUAAAAUCGCUCACAAAGUUGUAAGCACUCUAAUCAAAUAAUUUUUGUCGUUAACGUAUCGAUUUUAUGAUUA